CGCCGCGUCGCCCGCCACCGCCGGUGCGGAGCGUGGGGAGCAGUCGCCGCAGCCGCGUCCGCCCCCGGGGAGGGUCGCGCCCCGCGCAUUCGACCAAGCCGCCCUGUGCCCGGGCCUUUCCGUCCUUGGGAGCAGAUCGCUGCCCGCCACACGCUAGCCCGCAGCCAAGCGCUCGCCAGAGCCCAGGCCGCCGCGGCGGCCGUGCCCAUGACCGGGUGUCUGCACUGGGCGGUUGCCCCUCUCCCACCACAGCGGCACCCGGGCUGGGCGCUGGGCCUCGGGUGGCCACCUGCCCCGCACUGAGGCUGAACCAGCGACAGAGCCCAGGAGGCAGGAUGGGCGACAUGGCCAACAGCUCCAUCGAGUUUCGCCCCAAGGCUCAGCCGCAGCGGGAGGCCCCCCUUGCCGGCGGCUUUGGGUGCACGCUGGCCGAGCUGCGCUCCCUCAUGGAGCUCCGAGGGGCUGAGGCGCUGCAGAAAGUCCAGGAAGCCUAUGGGGACGUCGGCGGGCUCUGCAGGAGGCUGAGAACCUCGCCCACGGAGGGUCUGGCAGACAACGCGGACGACUUGGAGAAGCGCAGGCAGGUCUACGGGCAGAACUUCAUCCCCCCCAAGCAGCCCAAGACGUUCCUGCAGCUGGUGUGGGAGGCGCUGCAGGACGUGACCCUCAUCAUCCUGGAGGUGGCCGCCAUCGUGUCCUUGGGGCUUUCUUUCUACGCGCCGCCCGGGGACGAGAGUGAAGCGUGCGGGAAUGUGUCGGCCGGCGCCGAAGAUGAGGGGGAGGCGGAGGCUGGCUGGAUCGAGGGCGCCGCCAUCCUCCUCUCCGUCAUCUGCGUGGUCCUGGUCACGGCCUUCAACGACUGGAGCAAGGAGAAGCAGUUCCGGGGCCUGCAGAGCCGCAUCGAGCAGGAGCAGAAGUUCACGGUCACCCGCAGCGGGCAGCUCCUGCAGGUCCCUGUGGCCGCGCUGGUCGUGGGGGACAUCGCACAGGUCAAGUAUGGGGACCUGCUGCCGGCCGACGGGGUGCUGAUCCAGGGCAACGACCUGAAGAUCGACGAGAGCUCCCUGACCGGAGAGUCCGACCACGUGCGCAAGUCAGCGGACAAGGACCCCAUGCUGCUGUCUGGCACUCAUGUCAUGGAGGGUUCCGGAAGGAUGGUGGUGACGGCUGUUGGCGUGAACUCCCAGACAGGCAUCAUCUUCACCUUGCUCGGAGCCGGCGGAGAAGAGGAGGAGAAGAAGGAGAAGAAAGGCAAGCAGCAGGACGGGGCGAUGGACAGUAGCCAGACCAGAGCUAAGAAGCAGGAUGGGGCAGUUGCCAUGGAAAUGCAGCCCCUGAAGAGUGCGGAGGGCGGGGAGACGGAGGAGCGGGAGCGGAAGAAAGCCAGUGUGCCCAAGAAGGAGAAGUCCGUGCUACAGGGGAAGCUCACCAAGCUGGCGGUGCAGAUCGGGAAGGCGGGGCUGGUGAUGUCCGCCAUCACCGUCAUCAUCCUGGUCCUGUACUUUGUGAUCGAGACCUUCGUCGUGGAUGGCCGCGUGUGGCUGGCCGAGUGCACGCCCGUGUACGUGCAGUACUUUGUGAAGUUCUUCAUCAUCGGCGUCACGGUGCUGGUCGUGGCUGUCCCCGAGGGCCUGCCCCUGGCCGUCACCAUCUCCUUAGCUUACUCAGUCAAGAAAAUGAUGAAGGACAACAACCUGGUCCGCCACCUGGACGCCUGCGAGACCAUGGGCAACGCCACGGCCAUCUGCUCGGACAAGACGGGCACGCUGACCACCAACCGCAUGACCGUGGUCCAGUCGUACCUUGGGGACACACACUACAAAGAGAUUCCAGCCCCCAGCGCCCUGACCCCCAAGAUCCUCGACCUCCUGGUCCACGCCAUCUCCAUCAACAGUGCCUACACCACCAAGAUUCUACCUCCGGACAAGGAAGGCGGGCUCCCGCGCCAGGUGGGCAACAAGACGGAGUGCGCGCUGCUGGGCUUCGUGCGGGACCUGCAGCGAGACUUCCAGCCGGUGCGGGAACAGGUGCCCGAGGAGCAGCUGUACAAGGUGUACACCUUCAACUCGGUGCGCAAGUCCAUGAGCACGGUCAUCCGCACGGAUGGUGGCUUCCGCCUCUUCAGCAAGGGCGCCUCAGAGAUCCUGCUGAAAAAGUGCACCAGCAUCUUGAACAGCAGUGGCGAGCCCCGCGGCUUCCGGCCUCGGGACAGGGACGACAUGGUGAGGACGGUCAUAGAGCCCAUGGCCUGCGACGGGCUGCGCACCAUCUGCGUCGCCUACCGCGACUUCUCGGCCGCACGGGAGCCCGACUGGGACAACGAGGGUGAGGUCGUGGGCGACCUCACCUGCAUCGCGGUCGUGGGCAUCGAGGACCCCGUGCGGCCUGAGGUCCCCGAAGCGAUCCGCAAGUGCCAGCGUGCUGGCAUCACUGUCCGCAUGGUGACCGGGGACAACAUCAACACAGCCCGGGCCAUCGCGGCCAAGUGCGGCAUCAUCCAGCCCGGGGAGGACUUCCUGUGCUUGGAGGGGAAGGAAUUCAACCGGCGCAUCCGCAACGAGAAGGGCGAGAUCGAGCAGGAGCGCCUGGACAAGGUGUGGCCCAAGCUGAGGGUCCUCGCCCGAUCCUCGCCCACGGACAAGCACACUCUGGUCAAAGGCAUCAUCGACAGCACCACGGGCGAGCAGCGGCAGGUGGUGGCUGUGACCGGGGACGGCACCAAUGAUGGGCCAGCGCUCAAGAAGGCCGACGUGGGCUUCGCCAUGGGCAUCGCGGGGACAGACGUGGCCAAAGAGGCCUCGGACAUCAUCCUGACGGACGACAACUUCACCAGCAUCGUCAAGGCGGUGAUGUGGGGCCGCAAUGUCUACGACAGCAUCUCCAAGUUCCUGCAGUUCCAGCUGACCGUCAACGUGGUGGCCGUGAUCGUGGCCUUCACGGGUGCCUGCAUCACUCAGGACUCUCCUCUCAAAGCGGUGCAGAUGCUGUGGGUGAACUUGAUCAUGGACACCUUUGCCUCUCUGGCCCUGGCCACGGAGCCACCCACCGAGUCGCUGCUGCUCCGGAAGCCGUACGGCCGGGACAAGCCCCUGAUCUCCCGGACCAUGAUGAAGAACAUCGCGGGCCACGCUGCCUACCAGCUCACCAUCAUCUUCACACUGCUCUUCGUGGGGGAAGUCUUCUUCGACAUCGACAGCGGGCGGAACGCGCCCCUGCACUCGCCGCCCUCGGAGCACUACACCAUCAUCUUCAACACGUUCGUCAUGAUGCAGCUCUUCAACGAGAUCAACGCGCGCAAGAUCCACGGCGAGCGCAACGUGUUCCACGGCGUCUUCCGCAACCCCAUCUUCUGCGCCAUCGUGCUGGGCACCUUCGCCAUCCAGAUUGUCAUCGUCCAGUUCGGCGGCAAGCCCUUCAGCUGCUCCCCGCUGUCCACGGAGCAGUGGCUCUGGUGCCUGUUUGUUGGUGUCGGGGAGCUGGUCUGGGGACAGGUCAUCGCCACCAUCCCCACCAGCCAGCUCAAGUGCCUGAAGGAAGCAGGGCACGGGCCAGGGAAGGAUGAGAUGACCGACGAAGAGCUGGCCGAGGGGGAGGAGGAGAUUGACCACGCCGAGAGGGAGCUGCGCAGAGGCCAGAUCCUCUGGUUCCGGGGCCUCAACCGGAUCCAGACGCAGAUGGAGGUAGUGAGUACCUUCAAGAGAAGCGGUUCAUUUCAGGGUGCUGUGCGCCGGCGGUCUUCGGUCCUCAGCCAGCUCCAUGACAUCCGAGUGGUGAAAGCAUUCCGUAGCUCCCUCUAUGGAGGCCUGGAGAAACCCGAUGCCAAGGCCUCUGUGCAUCUCUUCAUGGCGACACCCGAGUUCCUCAUCAACGACUACACCCACAACAUCCCGCUCAUCGAUGACACUGACGUGGAUGAGAACGAGGAGCGUCUGCGGGCCCCCCCGCCCCCGUCCCCCAACCAGAACAACAACGCCAUAGACAGCGGCAUCUACCUGACCACGCACGGCGCCCAGUCAGCUACCUCGUCAGCGUUUUCUUCCAGGCCCGGGAGCCCGCUGCACAGCGUGGAGACGUCCCUGUGAGCCGCCCCGCUCUUGACGCUCGCAAUGCACGCCGGGCCAGCAGCUGCAGACUUUGCUUGGCAGGCGCUGACAAGAAGCCCCGGCAUCGAGCCCCGGCGGCUUCUUACCAGGGCGAGGAGGAGGAGGAAUCAAGCGAGAGGCGCUGUUUCCCCCCUUUUCUAUCAAAGCUUUUUUAAAACAAAGUUUGAGUCCACGGAAAGCCGCAUGAGGGCAGCGCGCCGGGGCAGCAGCUGCUGGGGGCUCGGGGAGAGCUUCGUGGGCCUCGCUGAGGAGCAACCGGCUCCGCCGAGUCCUGCAGGCCACGAAGGAUGACCCCCCCAGAGAGCCCCCGCGAGCCGCCUGCGUACGCACGCACGCACGCACGCACGCACGCACACAGAGGGCCAGGAGUGUUUCAAGAAUAAGGAACUCUUUAUCACACUUGCAUCCCUCUUACCGGGGUUUUCAUUACAGUGUAUACUCUUUGGUUACUAUAUUUUAGUCCCUAAUCUCUGCUUGGGGAAGCACCCCCAACGCCCCCCACCCAUGCUUCCCAGGUCCUGGGGAUGUUGUCUAUAUGUCCUGAGCAGGCCUGGGGGGGUUAGAGCCCCCAGCGGUUACAAUCUGAACAUUUGUACCUUGAGACCCCUAACUAUGGGGGAGGGGCUUUCUGUGGAAUUUUCCAUUUGAAAAAGAAAAUACCAAAGCAUUGAUAAGAAUGACCCUGCCAGCAGGGCGAGGGGCGUUUUCAGUUUCCUUUGGUUUCAAUUGCCAUUCCUGGAUUCUGCCUGGGAGGGCCUGGACCCCGGGGCCAGCCCAGGUGAGUCCAGGCAGACUGGCGUCACCGAGGCCACAGCUGACCGCACAGUGCAGACCCCGGGGCACCUCCCACCGCACCCCCUUGCUUUGGCAGAUGGCAAGCAGCUGUGGCUGAGGCACCCCCAAGUGCCCUUUCAGCCCUGUGCGCUGCUUCAAGGACAAGCACCCACCCCCAAAGCACCUGCUGCAGCAUCAGGGCAGCCGCCCGUCCUUCAGCCACCCCUCUGAGGUCCACACACCCGGCACGCCAAGCCUUGGUUUCCCCUGAGAGCACUGACUAGGAGACGGAGGGCCCCAACUUCGGCUGCCACCAAGGACGCCGAGAAAGGCGAGCCUCUUCUGACCAGAGGCAAUAGCAGACCCCGCAGGGACACUGACCAAGGGGCGGCUCUUGGCCCAGGACAUUCUUUCACCUUCCAAAGUCACCAGUGUCAUGUUUGCCGGGAGGCGGUCGGGAUGCCACCCUGGCGCACACAGGUCCCGUGGGCCUGGGCUGCGGGUACCCGGCCGGGCGCCAGGGGCAGAGGCCAGGAUGGAAGCCUCGGUGUCUCCCUGCAGCUGGGCCUGAAGGCAGCCAGUGGGCUGUGUGGAGUCAAGACCAAGGCUGCCCGUCGCCAGCAGGAGCGGGGCAGCCCGAGCCGGGGAGUGUCCGGUCUAUGGACUCCCGCUCUGAAACGGUGGCUGCGGGUCACUUAAAGCCAUCCCUUUCUUCCAAAGGGCACACUGAGAAUGUUACCUGUUUGUAAAUUGUUCCCUAAUGUCCUUGCAACAGAAAGGCGGGCUGAGGGCCUCUGUGUUCCUAAACAGAAAUAAAACCGGAAAUGUUGAAACUGCA